UCAUCGAUUAAUGACAAUCAUGCUCUGUCCAUCCACUCCAUAACAGCUGUGGAGUGCCAGAGCAAGUGAUUCUCCUCUCUAGUCCUGAGCUUCUGUUUUGAGUAACUGCUGAUGUGUCUUUUCCUUCAGAUGAUGCAUGCUGAUGAUGAUAGCAUUAAAUUAGCCAGAGAAGGAACGACACAUCUGGUUGCACAAAACACAUUUUCUAAGCAUGUGCAGAUGUUUAUUGUUUUCAUCUCGGCCUCGUCCUCGAAUAACACACACGAAAACGAGCAUUUGUAGGAAGUAAACAAAGUAGCAGGUCAGCGAACGGUACCGCUGCGCGCGCAUUUACAUUUUUACGACGGAAGUGCAACGGCUGAAACCCGGAGGAAAGCGACAACGGGAGUGAAAACGAAGCGGAAUUAGUCAAUGAGAGGGAGGAGAGAGCGAGAGAGAAGGAGUGUGUGCGACAGCCGACAGGGAGGCUGCAGGACGCUGGGGCCGAGGUGGACGUGGCGGGGCCGGCAGGGGUUUGAUGUGGGUUCCGCUUAUGGCGCGUUGACGGCCGCAAAAAAAGCAAUGAACAGGUGGUGAUGAGAGCGUGCAUGAACCGCGCAAGUCAUGCAACUCACCACGUACGCUCUUCUAUCGCUGCGAGCCUUUUGCAUUGUUAUGCAAAGGUGAACGAGUCUAUGUUUGCGUUCAGAAGUUGCAGCUGGCUCAACUUUCCUUCAGCGGAUCGUUCAGUUGGCUGAUGCAGCGACGUUCAGCUACAAACAAGAUGGCCACUGGCUCGCGCACGCUGAAGCUGUGGCAUUUUUACCCUCCUGCCUUUGAGCCAGGGGAAUCACCGUUGUUCCUAACCCAGGCCAGAGGUUGUCAAAGGUGACAAUCCGCACUCAGGAACCCCGCUUUUAUCUGUGUGAAAGUAAGGUAUAAUACUCAUAACAGACGCUUCGGUCAGGCGGUGGAGUAGUUUCCACCAGGAUGGCAGAGUUGGAGACAGAAUGCAUCACUUUAGGACUAAACAAUUUGGUGUCUGAGUGCGGCACGCCGCCGCCCCUUGACCCUUUACAAGCAGAGUGCACCACGCCAACCCUGACUAUGCUGUCGUCAGAAUGUAGCACGCCAACGCUUAGCUCGCUGGCCUCCGAGAUCGUGGAGCCCAUGGCUAUGCUGCCAUGCAUCAAAAGCGAGCCCGACCUCGACCCCAUCUGCACGGUGGACCUGUCCGUGAUCCAACCCCUGAGCACGGCCGAGCUGGGCUCUGAACAGAUCAAGAUGGAGAUUAGCGGCCUGGACUACAUCAAAUCGGAGCACCACAGUGACCUCCAUUCCUUCCACAGCACGGAGCUGGACUCCUACAAGUCACACUACGAACCCAGUCUGGUGUUCGACUACAUCACUCAUGUCUCGGACAGCUUGGAGUACAUCAAGUCGGAGCAACAUUCGGACCUCCACAGCUACUAUGCCAGCGAGCUCGGCGCCAUCAAGACCGAGUACGAGCCCAACCUCAUGUCCAGCCACAUCAAGACCGAGAUGAACGGUUUGGAGUCCAUUCACAUGGCAGAGCUACGCACCGAACUCAACAAGCUCCGGCCCGAAACCGUAAUCGACAGCAUGGGUAAAAUGGACUCGGAUUUCCAAUCGGGAAACCUUUACGAACUGACGUCCGUCCAGGCGAGCAAAGCAACUGCCGCACACAACCAAACCAGCACAAAAGGCCAUGCGCCGACUCCACGCAAACCUCGCAACCUCACAGGUGAGAAGCCAUUCUCCUGCACUCAGUGCGGGAAGAACUUCAGCACCCUGGGUAACCUGAAAACUCACCAACGCAUCCAUACCGGUGAGAGGCCUUACACCUGCUCCCAGUGUGGGAAGAGCUUCGGGCAGGCCGGUAACUUGAAAAGGCACCAGCUCAUCCACACGGGCCAAAAACCUUACACUUGCGCGCACUGCCCGAAGGGUUUCACCAAAGCGGACGAUCUCCGCUCGCACCAGCGUCUGCACACGGGCGAGAAGCCGUUCAGUUGCGCCGAGUGCGGUAAGAGCUUUGGUCAAACGAAGGAACUCAAAGCCCACCAGUUGAGCCACACAGGAGAGCGGCCCUUCUGCUGUUCGCUGUGCGGCAAGAGCUUCACUAAAGAGUCAAGUUACCGCAAUCACCAGCAAAUCCACACAGGUGAGAAGCCUUACAGCUGCUCCCAGUGUGGCAAAACUUUCAGCAAUUCAGGGGUCCUCAGAACACACGAGAAGAUUCACUCCGGGGAAAAACCGUUCGGCUGCACCCAGUGUGGCAAAAGUUUCGGUCGCUUGGGACAUCUUAAAGCACACCAGCAAAUUCACACGGGCGAACGGCCGUACGCUUGCCAGCAGUGUGGGAAGAAUUUCAGCCAAUCAGGUCAUCUCAAAGCACACGAGCAGAUUCACAAAAGAGAACGGCCCGAUCUUAGCAGUGGCAGCAGUGGCAGUAACGAUAGUAGCUAAAAGAAACCUCAUUACGUCUCAAAAGUAUUACUCUUUUUUUUUUUUUUUUUCUGUUUUUCUUUUUUAUAAAAGCUACAAUAUAUAUAAAUAUAUUAUAAAAUAUAUAUGUUUCAUUAUGUUUUCAUACCUUACGUCUCCUCUUCUUAAUAUCUUCUUUUGGGUACAGUUGUGACUGAUUUUCUCUUAUGAAAGUGUCUAUGUUUGGGAUCAGUGAGCUUACAGAGAGUCUUUGUAUCUUGUCUGAUCUGUGUCGUAGUGAGUGCCAUUCUAGUUUCUUCCCUCCAGUAAAAUACUCAGUGUACACGUUUAUUGCUAAUAUGUAAUUCUUAAACCAUGUACUGGAAUGAAUUAUUAAAGAAACUAAUGUAAAAAACAA